AUGUUCAAGAGCGGCAUUUCCUCCUUCUCGAGAGCUGCGGCCCGCUCCCCCUUCGUCGCGGGCUCGCGCCGUGUCGCCAGACCCUCCGCCUUCAGAUUCCCCAUCAGCAGCCGGUUCGCCAGCACAACCAGCGUCGGCGAUGGAAAGGUUCACCAGGUUAUCGGUGCCGUCGUUGAUGUCAAGUUCGACGGCGAGAAGCUGCCUCCUAUCCUGAACGCCCUUGAGACCACCAACAACGGCCAGAAGCUGGUGCUCGAGGUUUCGCAACACUUGGGUGAAAAUGUCGUCCGUUGCAUUGCCAUGGACGGUACCGAGGGUCUUACCCGAGGACAGAAGGCUGCCGACACUGGCGCUCCCAUCACAAUUCCCGUCGGACCUGCCACCCUGGGACGUAUCCUGAACGUCACCGGUGACCCGAUCGACGAGCGUGGUCCCGUCAAGACCGACAAGUUCCUGCCCAUCCACGCCGACCCCCCGGAGUUCGUCGAGCAAUCGACCACUGCUGAGAUUCUCGUUACUGGUAUCAAGGUCGUCGACCUUCUCGCCCCCUACGCUCGUGGUGGAAAGAUUGGUCUGUUCGGUGGUGCCGGUGUCGGAAAGACUGUGUUCAUUCAGGAGCUUAUCAACAACAUCGCCAAGGCCCACGGUGGUUACUCCGUCUUCACCGGUGUCGGUGAGCGUACCCGUGAGGGUAACGAUUUGUACCACGAAAUGCAGGAGACCUCCGUCAUUCAGCUUGAUGGCGAGUCCAAGGUCGCCCUGGUCUUCGGUCAGAUGAACGAGCCCCCAGGAGCCCGUGCCCGUGUCGCUCUUACUGGUUUGACUAUUGCUGAGUACUUCCGUGACGCCGAGGGACAGGAUGUGCUGCUCUUCAUUGACAACAUUUUCCGUUUCACCCAGGCCGGUUCCGAGGUGUCUGCCCUGCUGGGUCGUAUCCCCUCUGCCGUCGGUUACCAGCCCACCCUCGCCAUUGAUAUGGGUGGUAUGCAGGAGCGUAUCACCACCACCAAGAAGGGUUCCAUUACCUCCGUCCAGGCCGUCUACGUCCCUGCUGACGAUUUGACUGAUCCUGCCCCCGCUACCACCUUCGCUCACUUGGACGCCACCACUGUCUUGUCCCGUGGUAUCUCCGAGUUGGGUAUCUACCCCGCUGUCGACCCUCUCGACUCCAAGUCCCGUAUGCUCGACCCCCGUAUCGUUGGUCAGGAGCACUACGACACCGCCACCCGUGUCCAGCAGAUCCUCCAGGAGUACAAGUCUCUCCAGGAUAUCAUUGCCAUUCUGGGUAUGGACGAGUUGUCUGAGGCUGACAAGCUUACUGUCGAGCGUGCCCGUAAGAUCCAGCGUUUCCUGUCGCAGCCUUUCACCGUUGCCCAGGUUUUCACUGGUAUCGAGGGUAAGCUGGUCGACCUGAAGGAGACCAUCAACUCCUUCAAGGCCAUCCUGGCUGGUGAGGGUGACAACCUUCCCGAGGGUGCUUUCUACAUGGUUGGUGACUUGGCAUCCGCCAAGGAGAAGGGUGAGAAGAUUCUGGCUGAGCUCGAGAAGCAAUAA